GUUCCGCGAGAAGAACGACAAGAGGGGGAUUGACACGAGCCAGGCUAGAGUGGACGGACACCAGAAGGAGCUUGACAAGAUCAUGAAGAAGUUGAAGGACAACGACCUCGGUGCUCCGUGUAAGGGGUUGGUCUGACUUGAAUGUCCGGAUUCAAAUCGAGGAAGUGACUUGUAGCUGCAUCAUUGAAGAGUUAACCUGGAACUAGCUGCACCUCGGUCUUGCUCCUGGCAAAACAUGAUGGCUAUUGGCGGGGUGGUCCUGGACAAAGACCAGUUCAACUGCUCGGUGUGCCUGGAUGUCCUGAAGGAGCCAGUGACCAUUCCAUGCGGCCAUAGUUACUGCUCCGACUGCAUCCGUAGCUGCUGGGACCAAGGAAACAACUUGAGGGUCGUCAAGUGCCCUCAAUGUCGACGGACUUUCAACCCGAGGCCAGAGCUCAGCCUAAACACCUUACUGGCUGACAUGGUGGAAGGGUUUAAGCAAAGUGGACUCCAGGAGGUGUUGGUGGGUCAAAGUCUGGCAAAGAGGAAGCACAGGGCGAUCAGUCAGGCCAUGCAACAAGUACUGAAUAAAUUAGACCCGGACGAGCAGGAACAUCUCCAGGAUGAGUUGGAUUCCAAGGAUCAGAAGACAAGAGUGUACAGAGUGGCUUUUCUCACGGCAGAGAAGAAGCAACUUGAGGAGCAGAAGAAGCAGAUGGAGAAAACGCUGGUUAGAGACCAGAAAGACUUGGAAAAGACCAAGAACUUCGCAAGGGAUAUUGUGGAAUAUGCACGGGAGAUGGUGGAAAAUGCACGGGAGAAGGAGGUGGAAAAGGCAAGGAAGAAGUUGCAGAAGCGCGAGAAGCAGGCCAUCGAGGUGACUGAUUUGAGUCAGGCUAGAGUGGACGGAGAUCAAAAGGAGCUCGACAAGAUCAUGAAGAAGUUGAAGGACAACGAGCAGGAGUAUGAAGAGCUGAUGCUAGAACACCAUGAGGGGGUCCAUGCGGGGGUUGGGAAUGUUGCCCCACGAUGUUCCGACGAGCUUGGAGAAGGCGAGGCGCCGAGGGGCGAGGGUCCGAGGGACGAGGAUGUGCCGGUCCUAGCAAAGAAGGCUAAGAACGUGAAAUAAAGUCGUAGGUUGAUCAAACAUCUCUCCAGUCCGUGCUCGCUGUCACAAAACUCAUGUAGUCUUUCUCAGUCUGGAAUUGGCUAUCGUCUCAUUUCCUAUUUAGACCUUAGACCGGGGGUCGGCCACUCGCACCUCUUUAGCGCCGCCCUCGUGGCUCCCUGGAGCCUAGUCAAAAAUAAAUGAAUAAUUUUGACGGUCCUUUAACUCACCAUAGUUGCGUGGACCGUGACGCAACAGUGUGUUUACAUGUACAACUUUCUCCGACGCUGCCACAGAAAGACGUGUUUUAUGCCUCUCGUUUUGUUCACCAAACCUUUUAUACUGUGCGUGAACGCACAAAGGUGAGCUUUGUUGAUGUUUUUGACUCGUGUGGAGUACUAAUCUGGCAUAUUUGCUCACGGCACGACUGCAAGCUAAUCGAUGCUAACAUGCUAUUUAGGCUAGCUGUAUGUACAUAUUGCGUCAUUAGGCCUCGUUUGUAGGUAUAUUAAUUUCCUUUACUUACAUCCUCUGGGUAUUUAAUUUAUUUUUGCAAAGUUUCAUUAUCUGUAUGUAAUAUUCGCUGCGUUUCUGAUAGUUGUUUGUGCGCCACGUUGUUCCAGACCAUAGCAAACCCUUGCAAAAGAUUGUAAUAAAUCCAUUAAAGGACGACAGCAAAUAUCUACUUACAAAUAUGUUGUGUAUCUGUGCAUAUAUAUAUAUAUAUAUAUAUAUAUAUAUAUAUAUA